AUGAAGCUCUUUGCCAUCGCCAUCGCCCUCCUCGGCGGCCUCGAGAUGACUUUCGCUGCAAUUAUGAUGCAGCCCGCUGAGCUUCACCAGAAGCGCGUCUGCACCUUCGAAAAAUGUUGCAACAAAGGUGGUAGAGUGGCGUCGACGCCUGGUGCGUGCAUUACAGACUGCGAUCCUGGCUUUAUGCGUUGCGAUUGA